UUGUUGCUGCAGAGCGCCUCCUGGCUGCUGGGUUUUUGCAAUGAUUAAAAUGACCUUCAUUCCCUGAUGACAGACAGUCACUGGAAAACGGUCAAACUGGUCAAAAGACCAGUCCAACGCCUUCCUCUUCGAGGAGGACGUGCGGCAGCUGGCCGUCGGCUGGACCCACAAUGCGGCGCUGCUCCGCAACAACGAGAUCCUCAUGUGGGGCCGCAAGUGCUACGGACAGCUGGGCACGGGCUCGAUCAGCGAGCAGCAGGCGGUGCCCCAGCCACUGAGCCUCCGACUGCCCGACGGCCAGACGCCUGCUCGCGUGCACAUGGGGGCAGAGCACGGCCUGCUGCGGACUACAGCCGGCGAGAUCUACACCUGGGGCUGGAACGAGCACGGAAACUGUGGCAACAACAGUACAGAGAAUGUAUGCAGCGCGUGAAGUUGGCCGGAGCUGGCUCGGGCUUCUGUUACGCCAUUUCCGAGUCGUCUGUUAAUUAAUUUUAUAAUAAAUGUUAAAAAUGCUUAAAAAUACUAAACGGAAUAUCGAAAUUAAGGUAUUUGAUGUCGGAUCAUGAGCAAAAUUGUACGAAUAAUCAAACCCAAGCAGUUGGCGCUCUUUCUUCCAUCGAUAGUUGAAGAAACAUCGAUGUAUCGAUAGUAACAAUGAAGUUUUUCAACCUUCAGCAGCUUUACUUGAACUCCGCGGAGUUUUCGUUGCAAAUACUAUUUGCCAUUUUUACAGUGAAAAUAAAGUGCUUUGUUUUUCAAAAA